GGGUGUGAGUGCGUGAGCGCGCGCAGCUUCCUCAGCCGAGGCGGCCUGGGCGGAGAGAGGAGCCGAGAGGAGCCGAACCGAGCCGAACCGGGCCGAGCCAGCCCGUACUGCCAUGUUUACACUGUUUAUUUAACGGCGGACGGUCCGGGUAUGCGCGGAGAGAACUCUGGGAGCGAGGCGGGCUACUUGUUGUCGGUGUGGCCGCGGAGAAGCGGGGGUUCGAGGGGCUGCGCGGCGCUGCUGGUUCGGGGGUUCGGGUCGGAGAGAGUUCGGUAAAGAAGCGGGUCUGGAAGCUGGUAGCGGUUCCGGGGGCUGAGAGAGUUCAGAGCGGCGCUGAGGGGGUUUAGACCCCGCACUGAACCGCGGGGCUGCUGCAGGGUCCAGCCCGCGAGCUUCGGGAGAACAGUAGCGGUAGUUACCGGGAGUUUCCGCGGAUGACCGCGACCCUCAGCCCGCCUGGAGCCGAACCGCCGAAUCACAGAGCCGCAUUGUGCUGCGAGCCCAGCAGCCCAGCACCUUCCACAUGGAGAAUAAACACCACAGCAGCCAUGGACACAAUGCUUUCCACUGAGGUCACCGAUGGUGAAAUGGAGCGCAGGUGAGAAUGGAACUGUCCAAACCAGACAAAAUGGGCAAGUCAAGGCUGUUCCGCAUCUUUUUGAUCCUAGGCUCUGUCUUCAUGAUCCUUCUGAUUAUCAUCUACUGGGACGACGUUGGAGCCACUCACUUUUACCUGCACACCACCAUCUCCGGCCCUCACUCCUCACGCCUCCCUCCAGAAGGCCACGCCCCUCCCAAUAAGAUACCUGAAGAAGACAAAGAUGGCUCGUUCCUGUCUGAUAUCGAUGCCUUCGUCAACCAGUUUCUGGAAGGCACCCCUGACCCAACAGAGCAGGCCAGGGUGGAAACUCCAGCUCACAACCAAUCCUCGGAAAAACCUGAGGAGAGGUAUGUCCCCAGGCGGGAAUGGAAGAUCCAUUUGACCCCCAUCGCCAUCGAGAAGAAGCAGCAACAGGACAGCAGGAAGCAGAUGAUCCGUGAGCUGUGCAGCAGCAACAGUAGUUUGGACUUUCCUGGAAAGAACAGGACAUUUGACGACAUUCCCAACAAAGAAUUGGAUCACCUGAUUGUAGAUGAUCGGCACGGCAUCAUCUACUGCUACGUUCCAAAGGUGGCGUGCACCAACUGGAAGCGCAUCAUGAUUGUACUGAGUGAGAGUCUUCUAGUGGACGGCGUUCCAUACCAGGACCCUCUGGAUGUUCCUGCAGACCUCAUCCACAACAGCAGCCUGCACUUCACCUUCAACAAGUUCUGGAAGCGCUACGGGAAGUUCUCCCGCCACUUGAUGAAAAUCAAGCUGAAGAAGUACACCAAGUUCAUGUUCGUCAGAGACCCUUUCGUGCGGCUCAUCUCCGCCUAUCGCAACAAGUUCGAGCAGGAGAACGAGGACUUCUACAAGAAAUUCGCCGUCAUCAUGCUGAAACGAUUCGGUAACUAUUCCGACCCACCGGCCUCUGUGGUGGACGCUUUCGCUGCUGGUAUUAAACCAACCUUUUCGAACUUCAUUCAGUAUCUGUUAGAUCCUAAUACUGAGAAAGAAAUGCCCUUUAACGAGCACUGGAGACAGAUGUACCGCCUGUGCCACCCUUGCCAGAUAAAUUAUGACUUUGUUGGAAAGCUGGAGACCUUGGACGAGGAUGCCGAACAUUUGCUACGCAUCCUGCGUGUGGACAAUGUUGUGGAGUUCCCAUCGAGUCAUCGCAACAGGACAGUGAGCAGUUGGGAGCAGGAUUGGUUUGCCAACAUUCCUUUUGAAUCACGAAGAGAGCUGUACAAGCUGUAUGAGGCUGACUUUAGACUAUUCGGGUAUUCUAAACCGGAGAAGCUUUUAAAUGAGUAAAAAAUGGCUUCCUUCAGUCAAAGGGCAUCUUGUGAUUCCCCUGUUUUGUGACUCCUCAGGGGUUGGUCCAUGUUAACCACCUGGGCAUAAAAAGGGGUCAUCAUUUUAAGGAAACAAUGAACACUGAAGAACACUUCAGUGAGAUCCAUACUGAUAUUAUAUACAGAUUUUUAUUUACAUAAAAAUUUCAGUUUUUACUUUAUUCAGAAAAUACAAGAAAAACACUCGAUUUGGCAUGCAGUACUGUAUGUUCCAGUGGGUCAAAGUAGUCAUUCUAGGUAAUCAAAUUCAGUUACUAGUAACAUUUUGCGCUUUUUCUUUUACUUUUUUUGUAAAGUAUUGGUUUAUAUCAUAAUUAAUUGCAGUUUAUAAUCCUGGUUCAUUACGAUCUGUAAGAAUUAUAAGUAUGCAGCUUGAACGUACAACUAUCAUGAGAAGAUAUGCUAGAUAAACUCACAUUUAGGACAGUGCACAUAGAAUAUUUAGAAUAUUUUUGUAUUUUUUGCUAUUAAAUGUGAAAAAAAGAGAAGCGCUAAGAGAUGCUAGCUACUAUUUUGGAAGAACAAGAAGACUUUAAACUUUUUAUGCGUUCCUUUUCCAUGGUGGAAGGAUACACUGCACUCCUUUAGCAGUUAAGGAACUUCUGUUACGUUCAGUUACUGAGCUCGUCAAGAGUAACUUUUAUGCACAUCUAUGAGACAUCACCUCAUUUUUGCAUUGCUGCGAUUUGCUUUGUUUACCCACCUCAGGAUGCAAACAUUGUUGUGUACUAGGGAUGUCCCGAUGUCGAUCCAGUGACUCCAGUGGCGUAUUUUAACAGAUUAUCACCAUUUUUAUUUUUAUUCCCAAUCCAGUUCCAAGUCUUUGCUUUAACCAGAGUGGUCAGAGCUUUAUCCGGUGUCUGCAGGGCACUAUUACCAGACAUUACAUUACAUUACAUUUGGCAGAAGCUUUUGUCCAAAGCGACUUACAGUAAUGAUGUACUUUUAGUAAUAAGAGACAUAGAAGUUCAAGUAAAAAAAAAAAAAAAAAACUUUUUUUUACAGAGCCUAAAGUAGGCAUUAGGAAGCACUGAAGAUUUUCAGAAGGUAAAUGAAGGAGUUUAGUUAGAGUCUGCUGUGUGGAAGAGUUUUAGGGUGGAGCAUGCAUGGAAACAUACCUGAAACUGUAUAAAGUUAUCUCUCAAACACUCCGCACUGAACCACACGUUAAGAACCGACUAGAGGCUAGUCAUAAUGCUGAUACGCAUUAGAGCUGCACGAUAUUGGAAAAAUUUUACAUUGCAAAUGUUAUUUUUCGUCUAUAUAUAACACUAGAUUAAACAAUGCAGGGCCCAUGAUGUUAGCAGCACCACCCCCACCCAUGCACUGUCUUGCGUCCGGAACGAUUAAGAGCUGAGUCAGCGCCGAACUCUCAAAACCCAAGAAAACAGCAAAACAACAGUAAUCUGGCCUUUAAUCAAUUUCUUUAAUUUCUGGAAUUAAAAUCGUGAAUUCAGCUGUAACUGGAAAUAUCUGCGCUGCAAAACUGUGCUGGACUGAGGUGCACAGUUUACGACACGUGCGUUUACAAGCAUGUGCCCAACCAUGUGGAUGGAGGCCAUGCUGCGGUUACCUCCUGUUCACUCCUGCCCCUCCCCUCGCGCUCGUGCUUCUCCGGCAGCAGCCGGUCACUCACACAGACACAGAGACAGCGCUGUGUAUCUACUUCUUGUGUCAAGAGUCAAAACAUUGCAACAUGAUAUGUUUGAUUUAAUUGCCUUAAAGUGACAUUGCAUGUCAUGGCAUGGCAAUGACUAUUGCCUAUGCGCACAUUGCGAUGACGAUGCUUAAGCGAUAUAUCGUGCAGUCCUAACACACACUAUAUAAACCCAAAUCAUAGCAUAAUCACAAAAAAUAGCACACAGUAUUAAGCAGACAACAACACAUAACACAAGUAACUUAACUGCAGCGUUUUAAUGGAUGGGUGAUCACUUGAUUAUAAAAUAUUAAACCAGUCCAAAUUGUCUGUUACUAAAAGUAAAGUGUUUUUAUUUCAGUAUUAAUCAGCAGCUUAUCUAAAUUUCAUUUCUACACAACAACAAAGAUCAGAUCAGAUUAGAUCAGCAUUGGUUGAUACUUAGCAUUUAUAGGAGACUCAGAUCAGACUGAGGUACAACAUAAGCUGAUAAAUUUGCUGAUAAAAAGCUUUUUUUAGAGGGUGUACCUCAUUUUAACUGUAUAUGCCUAUUUAAAUCCUAGAUACAUACAGUACGAGUCAAAGUUUGGACACGCCUUUUCAUUCAGUGUUUUUCUUUAUUACUUUAUUUAAUUUAUUUUCUGCAUUGUAGAUUAAUAUUAAAGACAUGAAAUAUUUAAGGGAUACAUUUGAAUUUAGUAAAUGUAGUAAACAGUUAAAAAAAGGUUUAUCCUCCACAGUCCGCUGACCUAAAAGCAGGAAAACGGGAAAGCAGCAGUUAUUGUUAGCACCUCCAGGAACUUCUUCAAGACGCGGAGAAAACUAUUCCAGGUGACUCUCCCUCAUGAAGAAACUGAGAUUAAAAUACCAAGAGUGUGCAGAUCUGUCCUCAAAGAUAAACGUGAUACUUAUUUAGAAGAAUCUGAAGUAUAAAACAUAUUCUGAUUUAUUUGACACUUUCUUUUACAGUUUACAGAAUAAUUCAGCAUGUUUUCCUGUAUAGCUUUAGUAUAGUCUUCAAUAUUAAUUUUACAAUGUAAGAAAACCAAAAAAAGAAAGAAAACGCAUUGAAUGAGAAAAGAGGUGUGUCCAAACUGGCACUGUAUUUACUGGUACUGUAUAAACUGUGGAACUAAUUGUACUACUUAUACAAACACACACAAAGAUCUGACUGGUAUCAGUACUUCAGAAACUUGGAUUGGGGCUAAAUAAGAUGGGUGUUACGUGUUAUUAAACAUGGAUUAAUGUUUUAUCAAGCUACAAAAUCAAAUCAGAUCAAAUCAAAGAUUGGAUCGUUACUGAUUGGGACAUCCCUAAUGUGCACUUUUUUUCCAGACCUCAUUUCAUACAUAUGUACCAUAAGACCAGAUCAGUAUUGAUGCAGAUGAACACUCCACACAAGCUGUUUGUGUCACUGAUUGAGACAAAAUGAUGUUACUUCAGAUCUGCUGUUCUUUUGUAAGUGUUUAACUGGCAUCUAAAGAGGAAGAUUAAGUAUUUUCUGUUAUUUUUAAAGCCGGGGAAAUAUCCGACACAGGGCUUUGUCAGAUUGCAGCUUGUGUUUGUCCGUGGCAUCUCUCCUUUCAUCAUUUUUAUCCUUUUCCUCUUUGAUUUGAGCAUCCGUUCCCCUGGCAGGAAGCCUUCCCUGCUGCCGGAUCACUCUUAUUGUCGGCGUGCCAUAGAGUUCUAGCAUGUGUGCCUUGCGGUUCGUUUUUAUAAAUAUGCAUCUCUCUAGAGACCCGGCUUUGCGGGCAAAAUUAAACGUCUUGUUUGUUCUGGUAAGAAGUAGCAUUUGAGAGCAGAUUUCUCUUUAGCUGCAUAUUGUUUUAAAGGCUAAGUGCAGGCACAGCGGUCCUGUGUGAGCAGGCCUGAUUAGGCGUGCGGUUCUUAGAAGGAGGUUAAAGCACAAAUAAUAACUAUCUGAGGCCCUUAAACCUUUCUUUUUUCUUCUGCCUGCUUUACUGUAGCAUUAAAUCGGUCUGCUCCGCAGACGUGGGCAUGUGCAAAUGAGGAUUUUAAUGAGCGUAUGUAUGGCUUGAAGAUCAGUGUUUCGUUUGGGAAGGUGUUUCAGUUGCCAUCGUGAUGUUGGUGCACUGCAUUUUGCACAUUGACUCGUUUUGUAUUAGAUGAGUAUGAGUGGGCGUGUGUGGUUUUUAGGGAUGCACCGAAAAAAAAAAAAUAGAACAAAUUGAAACAUUUGGCCAGAGGCAAAACACCGAACACGAUUUUUUAAACUAUUUAGACUUUUUUCAACAGUGAUUAAACUACAUAAUAUAAAAAAUUUGCAUAGAAAAAGCAAUUACAGAACUGUACUUUAAAAAUAAAUAUAUUAAGCACCAAACAUUUUAACAUCCAAACACAUAUAACAAAGCACAAUAUAUUUACAUUGCAGCAGUGCUAUUAUAAUCAUGAAUUUACCUCAACAGUGCUUUUCUAUUGGUAAAUUUACCUCAGCACUGCAAUUCUAAUCCUAAAUUUACUUCAAAGGUGUUGUAUAAUCAUAAAUGCACUUUAGCAGUACAAUUCUCCUAGCCAUAUAUUUACUUCAGCAGUGCAAUUCUAAUCAUUCAUUUAUAUCAGUACUGCAAUAAUAAUCCUAAAUAAACUUCAGCAGUGUUUUAUAAUCAUAAGUGUACUUCAGCAGUACAAUUCUAUUUAUACAUUUACUCAGUAUUGCUACUCCAUUGCUAAAUUUACCAAAAUUCUAAUGCUAAAUGUACUUAAGUCGUGUUUUAUAAUCAUGAAUGGAAUGUACUUCAGCAGUACAAUUCUAAUCAUAUAUUUACUUGAAUGUUUUAUAAUCAUGCAUUCACUUCAGCAGUACAAUUCUAAUCUUAUACAUUUACUUUAGCAGUGCUAUUCUAAUCAUGAAUUUACCCCAGCAGUGUUACUCAAUUACUAAAUCUCAGCACUGAAUUUCUAAUCCUAAAUUUACUUCAGCGGUGUUUUGUAAUCAUAAUGGAUUUCAGCAGUACAGUUCUAAUCAUAUUUACUUCAUCAUUGCUAGUCUAAUCAGGAAAUUACCUCAGUAGUGCUGUUUAAGGCACGUGUGGGUAAAAUUUGAGAAGAGAAUAGUAGGCAGUCUUUUGGCCGAAAAAUGCUAAGGCUACCUCAGCUAACGUUACUAUCCUAGCAUUGUACAUCUUAUAUAUCUCAGCAUAUAAUAAGGAAAGAGCUAGUUAGUGAAGAUCUUUUGUUUCAUUCGUGCAAGUAGAGAGUAAAAAUGAACUUAAACCUGCCGUUUGUCAUUUCCCUUUUAGUAUUCUACAUAGCAGUACUCUGAUACAGGGGCCAGUGGAGAGAUGAUCGAAUGUGAGCAUGCUGCUACUGCUAAAAAAGCCCUAAAGUUUGAGGAAACACUGCAGAAUGACUUUUAAAAAAUUAAAUUAUGCAGUCUUUUCACAUAUUAAUAAUUUAGAUUGCCAAAUAUUCGGUGCAUCCCUAGUGUUUUUAUUUAGUUUUUUUUUUUUUUUGGAAAAACAGGAGCGUGCUUGUCCUGUUUUUGGCCUGAAGGCGUAUGGAAAACAGCAGCAGCAGUUUGGAGCAGUGUGGAGAGCAAGGGUAUUGUAGGUCAAGGGUACUGUAGGGCCCUCAGGCCAGGCCAUGAUCAGCAGCUGGUCCAGGAGGCACUGCACUGGAUUGGCCCAGUGCUGGCAGUGCCUUUCCUAGAGACGAGGACACAAAGUUUACACUCAAAAGAUCUAUAAUGUACAGGUAUUUUUGUAAGUGAUAUUGUAAGUCAAAAUAAUAUAUUUUGACUUAUUGAGAACAUUACAAUUAGAUACUUGAUAUGAUAGGAACUAAUUUAAUAGGCUUUGUGUUGUGAUAUAGUUGUGUUUUGUUGGUUGUUUUGUUGUUAUUUUGUUUGGCCACCACGAUGCAUGCUGUGCUCUUGAGAUUCAUCAGAACUUUCACAGUACUGCUUCUUCCAUUAUUUUCUGUUACAUUGUGUUUAAUGGAUCCCUUUCCUGAUUGCUGAACACUGCAGAAGGGAACGUUUCGUCACUCAUCUGUACAACAUGCUGCCUGAUGCUGUUCUAUAUGUUUGUCACCCGGAGUUGUUGUAUGUUUUUUGUAUGUUUUUUUUAUUUUUUAUUUUAUGGACAUUGAGUGCCACGGUAUUUGUAUUUGUUGAGAUUUGAGAACUUAUGGAACUUCUUUUAGUGAAUACUAUCAGAUCAAAAUGCGAAGAUAAAAAAUAAGAAGAUAUAUGCAUUUCAUGUUUGCAUGGGAUUCUGAACCUCCGAAUUCUUGAUUUCAAGGGAUAUCGCUCACUGUGUUUGUGUUUAAAACAAGAAAAAAAACAGCAUCCACAAAAGGGACAUGCUUCUCAACACAUCGUCAGGUUGUAGCUGAAAAGAAAAAAGAUCAAUUUUGCUGCAUCUUCGACUUUUACAUUUUUAUUUAUUACAAUUUUAAGAGGCUUUGUUUGUUGUGUGGUCUCAAGAGAUGAAGAAAUAAAGCUUAAUGCAUGGUGCAAAAA